UGCAAUGUCUCGUCCGAGGGUUUCGACGCGAUAUCUACAUUAGCAUACAGUAUGGGUGGCAUUAACGCACCGUGCGGUUGUGUCAAAUGAAAUUCAUGUGCUUUGUCGCGGUUUCAAAUGUGGCCAAAACGAAGUGCCAACUUUUUGGAAACAUCGGUCGAUAAAAUGCGAUAUAUAAGUGUGACAUAUAAUGAUAAUAUGUGAAUGUAAUAGUGAUAUUUUUACGUGUUAGCACUGGUUGCGUACUUGAUAGAUCGGAUACAAUUGGAUCAGAUGCGAUUGGAUUUGAAUGCACGUAAUAUGCAGAAAUGUAUAAAAUAUCCAAAGUACUGUACCCUUUAUGAUAUUUAAUAGAUAAAACAACUUUUUAAGCAAGUUUCAAUUUCAUAGUUAUAUUUUCCGCAGCUUAUUUAUAACGCUAAUCAAUUCUCAAUUUCCAAAUUAUUUUCUAUUGCAUAAACUAAACCAAUUUAAUGAUAAUGCCAUGCGAAAAGUCUACUAUAAAUUACGGCAAAAUUAUAACGCAAAUAGAGUAAUAUAUCUACAAAUAGUAACAUUUAUAAUAUUAAUAAUAAUACAGCUAAAAAUUAUAAUACCAGUAGUAAAAUCUAUAGAUAGCAAUAUUUAUAUUAUCCAACUAUUCAACUUUAUCACUCCAAUAGUAAUAGCUAAAAAUUAUAACAAGAUUAUAGAGCAGAUUUCCAAAAUAAAAGAUUGGAAUAUCGCUAUUCACGUAUAACGAGUGUGGUUAAAAGAGAGACAAAGAGAGGGGGGGGGAGGGAGAACGCUGCAUACAUGUACACAUACAUAUCUAUGUAUAUAUACAUAUAUAUGUAUGUUGAGCGAACGCUCCCGCGCUUCUGUAAAAUAAACGUCAGCUGAUCGUGAUUUUAAUCAAAAAGGACGGCGGCGACAGCGUUGCUAACGUAGAAAGGACUGCAGUCGCGCACGUGUGUCCGUUGAGUGAACGACGCCACGCGGCGAUAGAGAACCGGUGUCUUUGUCUCUGUGCACGUAUAUUUCUUCCCUCUUCUUUGUCGUUUUCACACGUGCAUCAGGCGUGUGCCGUCUCUCGGUAUGCUCGCACCGUUCAGUAAUUUUUCGGCUAUCGACGAACAAGUACCUCGCGAACAGUAAUUUUGAAAGCGGUGCACACGAUGCCGGACAAAAUCGCGCCAAUGGAGAAGCAAGUUUUGGCGAUCACGAAAGUCAACAACCAUGAAAACGAUGCGGUGAAAUUGAAAAAAGAACUCGGUUUGCUGGACGGUGUGGCGAUUAUCGUCGGCAUUAUCGUUGGCGCCGGAAUCUUCGUAUCGCCGAAGGGUGUGCUGGAAAAUAGCGGCAGCGUUGGACAGGCUUUGAUAGUUUGGAUCUUUUCCGGUGUUUUGUCUCUGAUCGGUGCAUUAUGUUACGCGGAACUCGGUACCAUGAUCCCAAAAUCCGGAGGCGACUACGCUUACAUCAACGACGCUUUUGGACCCCUACCGGCGUUCCUCUACCUCUACGUGGCAUUGUUCGUGCUGGUCCCAACUGGAAACGCGAUCACAGCCUUAACGUUCGCACAAUACAUCUUGCAACCAGUUUGGCACGGUUGCGUUCCUCCGUACGCAGCGGUGCGACUACUCGCUGCCGUUAUCACGUGCUUGUUAACAGCCAUUAACUGUUACAACGUGAAAUGGGCGACCAGAGUGCAGGAUAUCUUCACCGGAACGAAGAUCUUCGCCCUGGUGAUUAUCAUGGUCGCUGGAUUUUGGUGGCUCUGCAUGGGUCACACGGAAAAUUUUCGCCAUCCCAUGCAUGGAACCAAUACCCAGCCUGGCUACGUUGCUCUAGCCGUUUAUUCAGGCCUGUUCUCUUAUUCCGGAUGGAAUUAUCUGAAUUACGUAACCGAGGAGCUAAAGGAUCCUUACAGAAAUCUUCCAAGAGCGAUUUGCAUAUCAUUGCCGUUGGUGACUGUGAUUUAUGUCCUGGCGAACAUUGCUUAUUUCGUGGUGUUAACGCAAGAUGAAAUUCUGGCAUCGAACGCUGUCGCUGUCACUUUCAGCGACAAACUGUUGGGCGUGAUGUCUUGGAUAAUGCCAUUGUUCGUAGCUUGCUCGACGUUCGGGGCGUUGAACGGAGCAAUUUUCGCAUCGUCGCGAUUAUUUUUCGUAGGAGCUCGCAAUGGACAUCUGCCUGCCGCCAUUGCUCUCAUCAAUGUGCGAAACUUAACGCCGAUGCCGUCGCUCAUUUUUCUCUGCAUUAUCACCCUGGCACUUUUGAUCAUAGAGGAUGUCUAUGUGCUGAUCUAUUAUGUUAGCUUCGUUGAAGCACUAUUCACUACGCUCUCGGUGUCUGGCCUCCUCUGGCUUCGUUACAAAAGUCCCGAUCGCCAACGACCAAUAAAGGUGUCUAUCGUAUUACCAAUUAUAUUUUUUAUAAUAUGCGCUUUCCUGGUCACAUUCCCCUGCUACGUGUCUCCAUGGGAAGUGGGAGUAGGAGUGAUAAUCAUCUUAUCUGGCAUUCCUAUGUAUUGCAUCUUCAUUUAUUGGGAAAAGAAACCUAAAUGGAUCGUCAGAUCGUCUCACAAUUUCAACAUGAUCUGCGCUAAAUUAUUCAUGUGCGUGCAAGAGGAGAAAAGCGAUUGAUCACCGUUCACAAGCGCCGUUCUACUAUAAUUAACAUUUACGAUUAUCUUAUAAUCAAUUUGGUAUAGAAACUUCUAUAGUGCGAAUGCGCGCUACAUCCAUCUAUCGAUUUCUCCAUUUAUAAAUACCAACGACAACUAUGAUUAUUUUAUUACGAGUUAAACAGAUCCGAACGUGCCCAACAUUCCAACGAAAUCUACAAACAUACGUUGUUUCUCGUAGAAUUUAUAAACGAACGAAUCGAUCGCGCUUGAUUCGUAUUUUUAUAUACCUAUUACGAACGAUAUGUCCACGAUUUUCAUUGCCUGUCAAUAUGUCAAUCGGGCGGUUCAUCGAUUAUAUGCGAUAACAUUUUCUAAUAAUUCAUAUUCGCAACGAUCGCAUAGCGUAGAUUUGCUAGAUAUUAAGAUAUUAAGAAUCGCUGGAUAUUAGUUGCGUUUAACCAGAAGUGAAUCGUCUGCUCUUUCGCUUUCAAUUUCAUUUACUAAAUUUCUCGUUUAUUCGAACUGCUUCGCUUCGAAGCUACAACGAGCUAUAAUAUAAAGUAUAAAGAGAUAAAUAGAUGCACUGAAAAGUAUACAGCUAAUGAGAAUCUUAGAAAGUCAAUCGCUCAUUUAUUAUAGAAUUUGUAAAUACAUAUUAAGUAGAAUUAUCCCGGACGAAUGAGAAAAAGUAGAAAAGGGAAAAGCAGAAAAGUAAAGGAACACGCGAACUUCUCUUUUUACGUAAUUUCUAUCUUUGCAUGUAAUUCCUUGAUUUCAUUUUCUUAAUUGCCUUGAUAACAAAUUUUAACGACUUCUUAUCGUCUCUGGAGAAACGAUUUUCGUCUCGUUGCGUGAUCUCUUUGCCUAGAUGAAAUCUAUCUUACGACAGAAUCGUUUGGCACCGUUAAACGUUUCUUCGCGCUUUGUCUUCCUUAAACGAUCGAUUUUAAAUCGACGAAUAGAAAAAGCUUUAAGAAAAAGCAGGAAAAAGGUACAUACAUACGGAACAAAGCCUUACAAAGAUCGUAAUUUCCAUGGUAAUCGAUACUCUUGCUCGCUUAAAAAACUCAAAUACUCUUUACUUUUCAUUUUCCCCCGUAAUCUUCUUUGUUCUUAGGCGAAUCAACGAUUAUUAACCACUUUGUAUGUGUUAGCUAUAACGUUGUUUACCGUGUUCUGUAGAUAAUACGUGUGUAUAAAAUCACAUAAGACUGCAACAAGUAUUUGUCUCGCGAUAAUACACGUGCUCCGUAUCGUGCAUUGGCCAAAAUUAAUCGACGAUACAUAAAAUAUUCGCUAUCGCGGAAAAACCUAUUUGAUCGAUUCAUGGUCGUGCGUCGUUUUAGGCAUCUUUUAAACACAUUUCACCUCGUAAGAAAAUGUGAAUUUUGCAUUUGUUUGUAAUUAUUAAAAUAAUACGUAUCGGGUAUUAUUUUAUUAAUAGACGCAUAAUAACUGUAAAUUCAGGUAGUAGAACCGCGUGUUGUAUUUAAACUAUUUAAUUGUACAUACACAAAACGAAGCGUUAUAAAUUAUUUAUCGCAAUUCGAUCAACUACGCUCGCCUCGUUCGAUAACGCGAACGCCAUACACCAGCGUUGGUCCGUAAACCAAUGAUAGUAAGUAAUUUCGUCUAUCGCGCCAUAAUCCUAUUUAGUUACGUUAAAUUAUUUGUAGAACGUUGAAAAGAGAAACGAUCAUUAUUCUAUAAUUAACGCGCUGAAAGCUAUACUUUGAUUGUAAUUCACGAUUGUAUUCCCGCUACUAACGUAUGACACGUCUGGUCAAGUAAUGCAUUUAAAAGGUAGAAAAAUCGACCGGUAUCUCGCACACUCGCUAUAUCAAACAAUACCGGUUAUUUUAUAUAACAUAACAAAGAUACUUUACAACGAGAUAAUAUUUUAUACCGCUUAUUAGUUGAUCAGCUAUUCGUAUCGUUGUAACAACGCCUUCUUAGCUUUUUUUCUAGGGACUUUCCCGAUUUUAACUACGAUGCAUAAAUUUAAUUUAGAAUUUAGAUAAUACGUAUUUUCUAAGAAACAGAAAGCUAAUAUGUAAAACACUAGGCCUUUUGAAACACGUUAUAAGCAAUUAAUUAUCAUACGGUGAUAGUAAAUGCGUUCAAAAGGAUAGCGAUCGACAAUGUGCCUUAUGCGUGUAGCGCGUGUAACAAGAAUUUUGCAAUUAAAAUUUUUCGAUACGACUGCGAUUGUACGCAAAACCUGUUGUUAUAUACUUUUAUAUAUAUUUAAUUACGUUCGUUGCUGUUAAAUUGGUCGUUAUUCGUUCAAUUAGUAGUAGUAGUAACGUUCCGAAUAUGUUAACCGAUCCUGAAUCGUUUGAAAGAUAACGAAAAGCGUUCUCAUUAUCUUUUAAAAUGAUCGGCGCGAUCGGAACUUGAAAUAUUUUCACUGUAAUCGCGCUUCCGAAGAAAUCGAAAUUAAAACGUACCGAAUGAAAGUGCGAAAGAAUGAGAAAAGCGUAAGCAACAAAUAUCACGAUAGGUGUAAUAAACGAUGUAUCGAUGUAACAAAUCUUUUUAUUUAAUCAUUUUCUAGCCGCAAUGCUAGAUAAACAAUGCUAAUCGUUACCGAUGUUUUCGAUCGAAUAACAAACUGGAUAUAAUCUUUUAACCGAAUAUCUUUCGCUCAUUUUCAUUUCACGAUCGAUCAUAGAGACAACAGUAUCGAGUAAAUACAAUUGGACGAUGUAUAUAUUUGAGUCGAUUUACAAUUAGUAUAGAAUGUUUCGCGCAUUCAUAUGCAUAUAUAGAAUAAUGUUGUCAAUUUCAGAAUACUGAAAAUUAUAUUAUACAGUGCUAUGAAGUAUGUUUGGAAAUUGGCUAGCAUGAUAAAAGCUAAACUUAACGCUACGCUUUUUUUUUCUUUUUUUUUUUUACAAAUGUUAAUCGGCGCGAUAUAAAAAUGUAUGCACGUGUUUGUAGCAUCGUAUGCCCAAGUCAAUAAGAGUUGAAACAAAGAAAUACAGAAUCGAGAGACUACUCGAUCGUUGUAACGAACGUCACGUUCCUUCUAUACCGCGAAAUUCUUAUUCUUUUAAUGCGUUUUAAUGCGUUUUAAUGGAACGAAACUAAUUCGCUGGAUGAAAGACAUUUUUUGGUAACAAGUUAACAAAAAUAUUUGUAAAUAUAUUUAGAUACCCACGUAAAAGUUAUAAAAUAUUUAUCACUAGGUUGUGUUUAUUACUCGUAGUAGGAUCGUGAUAGUUUUACCGAUAAUCCAUUCAACAUGGAAUUGGUAAAAUAACGUUUUCGUAACUAAAUCUCGAGCUUUAUCAUAAUCGUUUCGACCGAAUUAACAAAUUCUUGAUUUCCACCUUCCUUUUUCAACUACGUGUUACGUUACCUGUCAUUUAUAAAAGCAACAUUUAAUGCGAUUAUAACGCGGUUACAUCGUUUCCGGGAAAAGGAAGUACAGAAAGCAUUCGAUAAGCGUACAGAAUGACGCACGGUCCUCGUCCGUACUCACUACUAAUUCUAUACCAAUUUAAAGUCGAAACUUUAUCGUUUUUCGCCAUUUCUUAAUAAAAGUUUUACCAACGUAUUUGAUAGAUGUUUCUGAUUAAAACGAGCGCGACGAACUCGUAGAACCGAUCCGUCCUCUCCGUAUAUAUAACCGUUUAGGUGUCGCUUUAUUUCCGAGAUAUCGUAAGGUAUCGCUGCAAUGUAUUUCUAUUUGUAAUUAUACGUCCGUGGCAGCGUACACGAAUCGGUAUUGGAUGCCGGCCGAUUAUUCUUUCGUUUGCAAAAAAAAAAAAAAAAGAAAAUA